UAAUACUUUUGUAUGGUUAUUUGUUUCAAGCGGAUUUUGGAGUAUCAGCUAAAAACACAAGGACAAUUCAAAGGAGAGAUUCCUUUAUUGGCACACCCUAUUGGAUGGCUCCUGAGGUAGUUAUGUGUGAAACAUCAAAGGACAGACCCUAUGACUACAAAGCUGACGUUUGGUCCCUGGGUAUCACUUUAAUAGAAAUGGCUGAGAUAGAACCACCUCAUCAUGAAUUAAAUCCAAUGAGAGUGCUGCUAAAAAUAGCAAAAUCUGAGCCCCCUACAUUAGCACAGCCAUCAAAAUGGUCUUCAAAUUUUAAGGACUUUCUAAAGAAAUGCUUGGAAAAGAAUGUGGAUUCCAGGUGGACUACAUCUCAGCUACUGCAGCAUCCUUUUGUGACCGUUGAUUCCAACAAACCAAUUCGGGAGUUGAUCGCAGAGGCAAAGGCUGAAGUUACAGAAGAAGUUGAAGAUGGCAAAGAGGAGGAUGAUGAUGAGGAAACAGAAAAUUCUCUGCCAAUACCUGCCAGCAAGCGUGCCUCCUCUGACCUGAGUAUUGCCAGCUCUGAAGAAGAUAAGCUUUCACAAAAUGCUUGUAUUUUGGAAUCUGUCUCAGAAAAAACAGAACGUAAUACUUCUGAAGAUAAAUUUAACAGUAAAAUUCUUACUGAAAAACCCACCGGUGAUGAACCUCAAAAGGUUGUGGUGGGUCCUGAUGAACAUGUUAAUGAUACUCAUUUAGAAGCUAUGGCUGAACUUCAUAAUAAAGCAGCAGUAAUUGAGGAAAAUGGAAGAGAAGAGAAGAGACCCAAGCUUGAAAAUCUUCCUGACACAGAAGACCAUGAGGCAGUGGACAUUAGUUCAGUCAGUGAAGGAAAGGAAAAUAACAUAAUGAUAACUUCAGAAACAAAUACUGAACAGAGUCUGAAACCUGAAGAAGAAACAGAUCAGGAAAAGCAGCAGAUAUUUGAAAAUAAGUUUAUAAAACCUGAAGAAAUUGAAGAUACUACUGUCCAAGCAAUGGAUUUAGUUUCUGAAGAGACUGGAGAAAAAGAGGCAGAUAUUCAGGCAAUUGAAAAUGAAGUUGAGUUUACAAAGGAAGAUACCCAAGAGAAAUUGGGAAAAGAGGACAAAACUGAAAAAGAUAGAAUCAGUGAUACAAGCAAAGUGAUAGCUACAAAUGAGGCAGAAGUUGCUCAGAGGGCAACUGAGAACGGUGCUGAGGAUGCUCAGCGUGGUGAUGGGAAAGAAGUGGGUGACGUGGGCCAGACAUUAGCGAUCAAGCCCACAGAGGGUCCUGAGGCUGGUGGUACUGAGAAAGUUUCUGUUGAAGAAAGAGUUGAAACUAAUGAGACAGACAAAAAAUCUAUAGAUGGUAAAGGUGAGGAACAACUAACCAGCAGUUCAGAGAACACAUUGGAGACCAGUGAGGAAGUCAGGACAAAUGAAGUUGAGAUAACUGAAUCAAGUGGCACUGAAGGAACAGAGGUCAGAAGUGUAGUGACCAACACUGACCAGAAAGCUUUAGAAAGUGAAACUCCGGAUGUUCAUAAAGCCACUACUCAGGUGGACACAGAGCAAAAAGAAAUUCCAUGUGACAUACCAGUUAAAGCAGAACCUCAAGUUACUGCCACUUCACAGCCCACUGAACCUCAGCCUGUUCCAAUACCCAGUAUUAAUAUCAAUCCUGAAGAUGCAGAAAAUAAAGGAGAAAUAGGUGCUUUAUCAAAAACUGAAACCAUGUUACCAGAAUCUGAGAAUCAAAAGGAAAAUGAUACUGAUUCAGGCACUGGUUCCACUGCUGAUAAUAGCAGCAUUGACUUGAAUCUCUCCAUCUCUAGCUUCCUAAGCAAAACUAAAGACAGUGGAUCAAUAUCUUUACAAGUAAGUGUAUAUGGGUCCUUGUUUGGAUUUUUCUUUGUCAUUUUGGCAGUUGAGAGUUUAUGUAAAACUGAUGACUUUCAAACAAACCAACACUAAAUCAGCAUAGUAUUAACCCUGUAAAAUUCUUCAGGGCUAUGAGAGCAAUCAAUUAAAAAAAAAACUACAUCCAGAGAUUGUGGAUGUAAUCGUUAAAUUUUUUGGUAGUACCUACGUAUUUUUGCCAACUCUUAUAUAAAUAGUAUAAUAAGUUGCUUACUGGAAUUUGGGUUUUCCUGCCGCAUAUCUCUUGGUAUAAUUUUAGCAAAAAUCAGUAAUAUAUGAAAGAAUAGAGGGCUUAUAAGAAUGAUCUCUUUUAAAAAAUGUUUAGGAUUUAAACAUCCCUUGAUUUACUACUGGCCAUGCAGAUGACCACUCUUAACUCCUCAGUCAUAGCCAUAGAUACUGCCGUGUAAAUCAUUGUGGGAAAACCAAACCAAACACUAAAACCCAGAAUACUUGGAGCUGUUAGAGCAUAAUUCCCCAAUCUGAGUGUACUUAAAAAGGUAAUCAUUAGGGAGAGCUAUGUAGAAAUAUGGAGUGAGGCCAGAAAAUCAGUGUUUGUAACAAAAGAUCCCAUGGAAUUCUGAUACAAGUGAGCCAUGGACUGCUUAGAGACUCUGAUUGACAGGUGGCAGAAAAGCAGGAACUUAGAACUGACCUUAGGGUAGGAGUCCAAGGCAUGACUGAUCCACCUGCCUAUCUGCCCCAGAUUAUUACUACAUGUAUUGCCUAGAUGGUUUUCAGUUUUCAGUUUAUUUUGUUUCAGUGCCUGAAACUCCACUUUUCUGAAGUUCAUUUAUAGACUUAAUUGUUACAGUUGGCCUUUCCAAAAAAAAACAAAAACAAAUAUUUCUGUGAGAAUUAAGGUGACAUUAAUUGUGGAUGCGUAGGAACUGAAGAAAUGGAAAAUUUGGAGGUUCCAAGGAGGUAGCUUAAUUUUGGAGCAUGCCCACUUUAGGUUUUAGAAGAUGUCUGGAUAGGGUGGCCAUAGUCCAGGGCUUAGGGGAGAGCAGUGUGAAGAUACUGGAAACCUAGAGAGUAGAACAGUAAGAGGGUGAAGACUGCAAAGUGCCAAAGACCAACUUAAAAAUUCUAAUGCCUUUUAAAUGUAGUAUUUUCACAUUCUCCUUUUGAUCCCUCUGCUUUCUAACCAUUUCCACCUAUCACAACUAAGUAAUUACUAAGUUAUUACUUAGUUAUCUGUUCUCAGUAUUUACAUGUGUACCAAGAUGUGUUUAUAGCAGUGUUACAUACUUCUGUUAUUUCUCUUUGCCUUUAAAAAACAUUUGGAUACCAGUUGAGGAAUGAAGAGUUUGAUCUUGAUAAAGAGUUUCAGGCAGUAGCUAGCUGGCAGAUCUGGUACUUUGGGUGGUGUAGUGGAGGUGCUGUCUUUCUAGUAACUCUAAAAUCACUCCUCCACCUCUGACCCUGAAAUGAAGGAGGGCUGGUGAUAUUAUUGUUGUUGAUUAAAUGAAUUUUGAAUCUCAGUUGUGGCAGUGUUUUAAGGUUAUCUGAGAGCCUUUUCAAAAUAAAAGCCUCAGCCUUUUGAGACUUGCUGAUUUAGAUUCUUUUGAGGGAUGCGCCCCAGAAAAUCAUUUUUAAUGGCUUUGUAAGUGUUUCUGAAACAGAAAAACAAAGGUGUCUGAGAACCUAUAAGG